AUGCCCGCCUUCACUGUCUCUGCUGCGGCCGCUGCAGCCGCCGGGCUGGCGCUUUGCUACAGCAAGGGCCACGUCUCCAAAGAAGAGGCUCUGCUGGAAGCUGCUCGGGUCAACAAUGUUUCUGAAGUGGACAGGUUGUUGCAGGAAGGAGCCAGUGUAAACGCUCGGCACAAGCUCGGCUGGACGGCUCUAAUGGUAGCAGCUAUAAACCGAAAUGCCACGGUGGUGAGCCUCCUUCUUGCAGCCAGGGCUGACCCCAGCCUGGGGGAUGAGUUCAGCAGCGUCUAUGAAACAGCCAAAGAGAAGGGGCUCCACUCCCUUGAAGUUCUGGUCACCCGAGAAGACGACUUCAACAACCGCUUGAACAACCGGGCGAGUUUCAAGGGCUGCACGGCUCUGCAUUAUGCGGUGCUCGCUGAUGAUUACCCUACCGUCAAGUUACUCCUGGAGGGAGGUGCCAACCCUUUGCAGAGAAAUGAAAUGGGGCAUACGCCCAUGGAUUAUGCCCGGGAGGGAGAAGUCAUGAAAUUCCUGAAGGCAUCAGUCACAAAGUUUCAGGAAGAGCAACGAAAGAGAGAAAUCGAGGAACGGCGAAGGUUUCCCCUGGAGCAGAGGCUGCGGGAACAUAUCAUUGGGCAGGAGAGUGCCAUAGCAACUGUUGGAGCAGCCAUCCGGAGGAAGGAAAAUGGUUGGUACGACGAAGAGCACCCGCUGGUUUUCCUCUUCUUGGGAUCAUCCGGAAUAGGUAAAACUGAGCUGGCCAAGCAGACUGCCAAGUACCUGCACAAAGAUGUCAAGAAGGGAUUCAUCAGGCUGGACAUGUCAGAGUUUCAGGAAAGGCAUGAGGUAGCCAAGUUUAUUGGCUCUCCCCCGGGCUACGUUGGCCACGAGGAAGGUGGGCAACUCACCAAGAAGCUGAAGCAGUGUCCAAAUGCCGUGGUCCUCUUUGACGAAGUGGACAAAGCCCACCCCGAUGUCCUCACCAUCAUGUUGCAGCUGUUUGAUGAGGGCAGGCUGACAGACGGGAAGGGAAAGACCAUUGACUGCAAAGACGCCAUCUUCAUCAUGACCUCCAACGUGGCUAGCGACGAAAUCGCCCAGCACGCCUUGCAGCUGAGACAGGAGGCCGUGGAAAUGAGCCGGAAGAGGAUUGCUGAAAAGCUGGACGAUGUGCAGAUGCGGGACAAGAUCACCAUCUCUAAGCAGUUCAAGGAGAACGUGAUUCGUCCAAUCCUGAAGGCUCACUUUCGCAGAGACGAAUUUCUGGGAAGGAUCAAUGAAAUUGUCUACUUCCUUCCCUUUUGCCACUCGGAACUCAUCCAGCUGGUCAACAAGGAACUGAAUUUCUGGGCUAAGCGGGCCCAGGCGAGGCACAACAUCACCUUAGUGUGGGACCGCGAGGUGAUGGACGUGCUGGCAGACGGAUACAACCUGCACUACGGGGCCCGCUCCAUUAAGCAUGAGGUGGAGCGCCGGGUGGUGAACCAGCUGGCGGCUGCCUACGAGCAGGACCUUCUGCCCCACGGCUGCACCUUGCGGAUCGCAGUGGAUGACUCAGACAAGCAGCUCCUGAAAGAGAAGGACAGUCCGUCCCUCCAGGAGGGCCAGAGAAAAGGGCCGACCCUGCGGCUGGAGAUCGUGGAGGACAGCAAAAGCCGGAAGCUGGACAUCCAGGCCCCCCUGAAUCCUGAGGAGAUGUCUUAUCCCUUGUAGACGCGCCUGCCCUGGGAGGCUGCCUGCCCCACCGCAAGCAGGAUUUCAGAAUGUAUGGUCGCAAAUAAAGCAAUCACGAGACACAGACAAUUAGAAAGACUGUGCGGGGAGCUUCGGUUUCUCUAGAACUUGAUAGCGGAGGGAAGAGGGUGCACAUCAGCUUGGCAGCUCAAGCCAGCUCCACCACCACCACGGAGCCAGGGAGAUCUGGCAGAAGGGAGACAGAAGGGUGCCCGCCCAGGCUGUGGUUGGAAGGCUGAUGUGGCUUUUCCCUCUGACCUAGCAACUUGUUUGCCUCGUCCAAAUUGCUAGGCAUGCUCUUUCUCCUUCCUUCCAUCCAGCCAGCCAGCCACCACUCACCCCCAACCUUGCAGAAGGUCCUGGGCGUGGUGGACUCCCUGCUCAAGCGAAUUUUCUUGGGUCCAUUCUUUCCCGUCUCCAAGAGCUGCACCUUCGCCAUUAAUUUAUUGCAAUAAAUGCACAGUGUAGAUCCCA